AUGGCCUCCUUCUGCGAGAGUCACCUGCAGCAGCACCGAGAAUCUCAGGUCUUGAAGAGACACAGAGUGGAGGUGCUGAGUGAAAACCUUAAAGACAAACUCUGCAGAAAACAUCACAGGGUCCUAGAAAUCUUCUGUAGGACUGAUGGGACCUGCAUCUGCUCAAUGUGUGCAGCGACUGAUCAUAAGCAUCAUGACACAGUGACACUGGAAACUGAGCGAGCAGAGAAACAGAGUAAUACUGAGAUGGAAUUGCAGGAACAAGAGGAGACCUUCAGAUCUGUACUUGAGUCCAUUGAGCAGUUGAGGUCAAAGGUCACUGAGGUGAUUAAAGAUUAUGAGCAGCGGAAAGUGAGAAAGACCGAGAAGAUCAUCGAGCAACUGGAGAAGGAGAUCGGGGAGCUGAAGAAGAGAGACGUCGAGCUGGCCAAACUUUUACAAAUAGAUGACGACAUCUGCUUCUUAAAGAAGUUCGAAUCUCCUCCUGAAGAGAGAGAUGCACCUAUCACCAUUACUAAAAAAGAGGUUCUUCCUGGGACUCUCUUUGUGAAUCUGUCUGAUCUUAAGAACACUCUGGAGGAGAUCAGCAACUUGGAGAGUGUGGAGAGUAGUGAGGCGGGCGCUGAAUGUACCGACAAACACAGCAGACAUCUGAAGGAAAACAUCUCAUCUCUCUGUGUCCCUGACGAAGAUGAAGAUCUGCUCAACACAACUCUGAAUGGAGAAUUACUACCGGAGAGACUGAAGAAGGACCUUUGUGAUCUGAAGAAGAGCCUAGAGGAGAUACGUGGCUGGGAGUUUGUGGAGACCAUUGAGACCGGGGUUGGUAUUCAAGGUCUCACCUUGCAGAAUCUACAGACCAGAAAUGGGCUAAUAAAAUACUCCUGUCCGCUCACCCUGGACCCCAACACUGUAAACCCGCGCCUCCAUUUGUCUGAAGACAACAAAAAGGUGACAGACAAGGGGACAGUGACCCUGCGUCGUGAUCAUCCCAACAGAUUUCGAUUUCAGCCCCAGGUUCUGUGCAGAGAGGCUCUGAGUGGGACUCGCUGCUACUGGGAGGUCGUGUGGACUGGAAUCUGGGCUGACAUUGGAGUCGCAUACAAAGGAAUAGAAAGGAGAGGAUGGAACGAGGAGUGCCACCUUGGACAAAAUGACAAAUCCUGGUGUUUGUGCUGCUCUCAUUCCCGAUACUUUGUGCGUCACAAUAAAAUGGAGACUCAAAUCUGCACCCCUUCCAGUAACAGAAUAGGCGUCUAUCUGGACUGUCCGACUGGCUCGCUGUCAUUUUAUAGCAUAUCAGACACCAUGACCCUCUUGCACAGUUUCAACAUCUCCUUCACUGAGCCGCUCUACCUGGGGUUUGGCGUUGGGUUGGAUUCCAGUGUAACAAUCUGUCCUCUGAACCCGUCUGACCAGUGACCCGUGUCAUCUGAUGUCUGCUUCAUGUCUUCUCUCACUCAGACACUCUUGCCAUUUUAGAGAAAAGAGAAAAAUUCCAGACAACAGGAUAAAGUUCAUUCCUGGCACCUCAUUCCUACCGGCCAUUUCUCCUACCAGAGUGACACUGGACUGGACACUGGUCCUAUAACAUAUGGUUAUAGGACCCCCCCCAUCCUUCAUCAAUAAGAAUGUGAGAAGACAUGACAGUGAGCUGACUUCCAUUCAGUGGACAUCAGGCUAAAAACAUUUCUCUAUUAGGUGCCCCCCGCCUUGA